GGAAGUAAUACCCAGUGUGAUAGAAAUGUGUUGGUUGCUAAAGGAAUAACAAGAGAAGAAAAGAAGUUUGAAUUGUGACGUUUUCUCGGUCUUUUUGUAAUAUUUUUGUUUUGAGUUGUUUCCAAUAAUUUAUCUGUUCAUAUGGCAACCACCCUGGAUUUCAGGACUCAUGCCGACCAGUCAUGCAGAUAUUCAGAAGAAUUUGUCAACAUUUAUUACGACUGUAUGGAUAAGAAGAGGCGGAACUUAAUCCGGCUCUACCUGGACAAGGCUACCUUGGUGUGGAACGGAAAUGCGGUGUCAGGACAGGAAGCCCUGGGCGAGUUUUUUGAGUCACUGCCAUCCAGCGAGUUCCAGGUUCAAACACUGGAUUGCCAGCCUGUGCACGAGCAAGCAACCCAAGGCCAGACAACACUGCUUGUGGUGACCGGUGGCAUAGUCAAGUUUGAAGGGAACAAACAGCGUUUUUUCAACCAGAACUUUCUCCUAACAGCUCAGGCUUCACCCAACAACGAUCAGCCCGUGUGGAAGAUCGCUAGCGACUGUUUCCGCUUUCAAGACUGGAAUAGCUGAGGCUCUGCUUUCCCCUGAAGUGUACAAAGGCUUCAGCAGUGAUCACCUUAAUAAUAAUCAAUAUUGCAUUUGUAUAUUCAGUUUUUUGUAAUAAAAUAAAGUGUCAUACAACACUGA